AUGUCCAAUUCCUCGUUUUUGGACAGACCGCUGCUCAAAGUCAGUCGGCCAGUCGCCGCAUGCUCAAGAUGCCGAACCGCCAAGAUCAGAUGCGACGGGAAACUCCCGGCUUGUUCGGCUUGCGAAAGAGCAGGAAAAGCGGAUACUUGCUCCAGCAGCGAUGAAUUUCCCCGAGGAAAAGAAAGAAGCUAUGUUGGAUCUCUGGAGGCUUACUGUGAACGGCUCGAGAAAAGGGCUGCAGAACUUCGGGAACGGAAACGAUUAUUGACCGGUGGUGAAGGAGGUGUCGUUCAUGAAAACUCGAUAACCUCAGCCUCGUCCGUACCUGCCACUCAUGCGCAUAGCCAGGAGGUGUCUAACAUUGACGAUCUUGUUGGAGAAUUCGGUUAUCUAUCUGUCAGUGCCACCUCAAGAGACUUCCAGGGCAUUACAUCAAAUACUUCCUUUGCCAAUUUGAUAUUAGCGGUUUCAUCCGGUGAACAAAUCCCAAGAUCAUCCCCACGGCCGCUACCGUCUCGGUCCGAAAUCACUCCGCUUAUACAGCAUUAUUUUGAAACUUUCUACGUCCAACUUCCCUUCUUUCUCGAAACUAGUUUUUGGGCUUCAGUCGAUUCUGUCUACCAAAACGGCGCACACUUUGCCAAACCAUUCGACAAUUGGGCUGUGCGGAUGGUUUUGGCCAUGGCUUACGGGUCCUUAUCAAAUUCACAACUGGACGUCAACCAUCGGAACGCUCUUUCUCUUGUUCAAGAAGCACUACAGUAUACCGAAGAUGUCCUUCGCCCUGGAACCCUAGCUGGGAUCCAGGCAAUUCUUUUCCUAGCGCAGUAUUCUCUUAUCGACCCGGUCCAUUUUCGGACUUGGUACCUUGUAGGUAUGGCGGCCAGAGUUCUUGUUGAUUUGGGACUGCACCAGGAUCAUCAUGCGGAAUAUGUACUUUCUUCAGAGAAACAGGAUCUUCGACGUCGCGUUUUCCAUUGUGUUUACUCUCUGGAUAGGGCUACUAGUACCGCUCUGGAUAGAACUCUUUCGUUCUCUGAUGACUCCGUGAAUGUUGCUUUUCCAUCCUCUAAACUGGAGAAGACGUAUAUCUUCUCUCACAGUUCGGAGCCGGCUUGGAACAUGGUCAAAAUCAGACGCAUAUUGUCAGCAGCUUAUCAGCAGAAAUACUUUACCACGACCGAUCCGUCGUUCCAAUCCCCGACACCGACCUGGGUACUUUACUCGCAAGCGACUGAAUGGUUCUAUAACACGCCAAAGAACAUAUCCCAGGUUCUCGCUAUUAGGUAUCACUUGGAGUUUUUGUAUACAAUAACUGUCAUUUUAGCGCCGUCAACCCGCCACCUUCCACCAUGUGAUUACACCAAAUUACUUCUCUUCAAUCGUUGUAUUGAUUAUGUCCACCAACUUCAUCAAAUUCUCGAGAGUCAAAUUCGCCUGCAUGUGAUGGAUUCGAUCGAGAUUCAACGCGUCUAUCAGACCAUUCGACGCUUAUUCAACAUAGUCAACCAGAGUUUUGACGUCCUCAUGAGCCCUGUCCCAGCCGCACCCCAGGUUCCCGAAGAUUGCCCCAAACCACCGUCAUUGGAGCUGGAAGAUUGUCUGCAUUGUCAUGAACGUGCCCUUGAGUGUUUAAAUCAAGCGGGCAAUCUCCUCCAAUACGGGGCUCGAAGGUGGAAUCACCAUGCUCUGUCACAGGAAUUCCAAAAGUUGUCGGCGCCUGUCCGCAGUAUAUUGUUGCCCCCAGCUGUUACAUACGCUCCGACUUUGGGAAGUUAUAUGCCUGAAGAGCCUGCAAUUUUGCCUCCCGCGGAUUUUCUGUACGGCGGCCUCAACCUCCAGCACUCCAGCCCCGAGAACCACAAUUAUGAAUGA